AUGAUAGAUUGGGUUGGUGGUGAAGUUGAUGAUGAAGGUGAUGUUGCUACACAAGUGGAGGGUGAGGGUGAUGCCCAUCAGGGUGAUGAGGAUGUUGAUGUGCAUACUGACCUUGAUACAAAAAUAGUUGAUUGUGAUGGUGAUGACCAAGAGGGUGAUGAGGAUAUUGAGGUGCAUGGUGAGGGUGAGGGUGAUGCCCAAGAAGGUGAUGCCCAAGACAGUCAUGCCCAAGAGGGUCAUGGUUUGGAUGCUGAGGUCCAUGAGGUUGAGGAUGGUGAGGUCCAUCAUGUAGAGCAACCUGGGGUACAUGAGUUAGAUGAUUUUGAGGUAGAGGAUUUAGGAGAGGAUGAUGAUGAUGAGGACAGUGAUGGGGAAGAUGUACAUGAGCAAGAGGGUAAGGAGGAAGAGCUACAUGAUGAAGAAGUUCAUGUCAGUGAUGAAAGUCUAAUUGAUGUCAGCGUCCAUUGUGAGGCAGAUAUUGGGACCUCUAAAGGAAAUGUUAGAGAAGAACAUUUCAGUCCACUACUUGAGUCUUCUCAAUCAAGAGAAAAUGAGAAGAAUAUGCAUGAUGUUCGUGGGUUGGCUGACGAUGAGUGGCUGUCAGAGGAGCUAAUCAAUGGAUCAGAAAGUGAGGAGGAUGAUGGGUCCAGUAAGGUCAGGUUUCCCACUUUUAAUAUGCCUAAAAGUUUAGAGGCUUAUAAAUGGAAGGCAUGCAAGGAUACCUUUGUUUGUUGUAGACCUAUUAUUGGAUUGGAUGGAUGCUUUUUGAAAGGCAAGUAUGGUAGGGAGUUACUAACAGCUGUGGGAAGAGAUGGAAACGAGCAAAUGUUGCCCAUAGCAUAUGUUGUAGUUGAGGUAGAAAACAAAGACGGUUGGACUUGGUUCUUGGAGCUUCUAAUUGAGGACCUUGAUGGCAAAGAUGUUUGUGCAGGAAUCACAUUUAUUUCAGACCAACAAAAGGUCAAUGAUUGA